CGCAGACUCGAUUUAUAUUUCAAUAUAUGAAGUUCAGUUUUAAUGUGUGUACAACUGAAUCUAAAAUGUAGAUACUAAGAAAAGUAAAAUUUAAAAAGUAGUUCAUAUAGUGGGACUUUCGUAGUUCAAAUGCUACAUACUAUCUGUCAACGUCAAUACGAACAUUUAAUGUUUGUUUAAAUUUUAAAAAACUUUUUAUAUAUUUAAAGUAUUUUAUUUAUCAAAAUAUGGCUCGACAAAUAAGUGCCGAAGUUUCAGAAUUAGUUAAAGACUUAAUUAUACAAGUAACUGGUUAUGAGGGAGGUUCAGAAUCAUUUAAUAGAGUACAAAAAUAUUUCCACGAAAAAUUAAGAAAAUCCGACACGAUGUAUUUCCUGAAUAAAACAGAAGUAGACAAAAUUAUGGCAGGAAUGGCAGAAAAAUUCAAUUUUCAUGGAUUCUUUUCACAAUCAGAAGCCUUAAUUGAAGCUUACAAUAAUUAUAUUACAAAAAACGUUCCUGAAUAUCAUCUUACUUCUCGAUUGAAUGUUGUAAAGUUUCUACUUUGCAUGUCGGAAAAACCUACAAGUAAAUUUUUAGAAAAUCCACAAGAGUUUCAAAUACAACCACAAGAAAAAGAUGAAGAAAUUAAUUGGAGCGAAUAUCUAAUGGAAGGAAUUGAAUAUUCUAUACCAAAAAUUGAUGAAAGUUCGGAUGGUUCAGAAAUAUCUUCAAUAACAGAUGAUAGGGAUACUCCAGAUUAUUUUGAAGAUAAUAAAACUGCACCUUUAGUUACUAUCACAAGUUGUGAAAAAGAUGUAGUAAUGAAUUUAAGGGCUAAUAGGGAAGAGUUGUAUAAUACAAUUCAACAUACUUGGUAUAAUGAUACAAAUUUUCAAGAUAAACCAUUUAGUGAACGACGAGAAGCAAAUAUUGGAAUGUUAUGGGAAAAACACUUGGAAAAUCAAGCUAUGGGGUUGGUUGUGUUGAAAAAAUCCACUGUAUUAUCAGAAUAUAAAGUUUUAAGGGAAAUAUUGUGGCAAUUAUGGGAAACUCAUACUUCUACUGUAUUUUAUUUUGAGGGAAAUAUACUAAAAAUACGAGAUAAUGUCACUAUUUCCAGUUUAAGAGCAGGUAGUUUUAAAAAUUUCUUAGAAAAUCAGGUGGUACCAUAUAUCCACCUGUUGGAAUUUUUCAGGGAUUUUGAUAAAUUAUUUGAUAUUAAGAAUGAAGAAUGUGUUAUAACAGUUUCGCAAACAUAUCGAAGUUACAAUAAUUCUUUACAAAAUUUGAUAAGACCUUUAUAUUUAAAAUUAUCACAGUUGGAAGAUAAAGUUAGGGAACAAGAAACAGUCUACACAUUAUUGAAUCUUUCCGAAGACUUGGAACAUUUUUUCGAACCAAUUAAAUUAUUAAAAACAAUUCAUGAUUACGUAGUGAUAGAUUUUGGGAAAAAUCGAAAUAUUAUUAGCGCUUCAUCGCUUUUAACACGUCUCCAUGAUAGUUUACAAUUUUCUACUAAUAAAUUAGAUCAAGAUUUGAGGGUUACCCUGUAUAUUGAAAGUUUAUAUUAUUAUUUGAAUGUUGUACAUUCAUGGUUCGUCAAGAAUGAUUUUAACGAUUAUUCCAACGAAUUUUUAAUAACAAAAUCGACAGAUACGGGGUGUGAUUUGAAUUUCGUUAUAUCCGAUGAAACUUGUAUAAGCGAUGGUUUAUUAAAAAUUAUGAGUACCCUAGUGUUAAAAAUCGGUAAAAAUGUUCACUUACUUAGGUUACUAAAAGAUUUUUCAUUAGUAAAUGAUCGCGAAGAAACUAUUUAUGAAGAAUUUGUUAGACGGGUAUUAGAAGAAUUAUGUAGAUUAUUCAAUAGUGAUGAAAAAAUAUUUAUUGAUGAAAAUUUUGAAACAGCGGAAGAAAUUUCUUAUAAAUUUCCUGUCAUAUCAUCGGAUGAUUGUUCAAAACCAACGGAAAUGGAUAAACUUGAUAAUUUAGUGGAUACUACGGAUGGAUUUUUAAUGUUGGCUUUCGAAGAUUAUUUUAAAUAUGAUAAAGAAGAAGUGGAACCGAAAAAACAGAGUCUUUUUGAAAAAAUAUCUUCGAUAACAAAAACUUUCUUUCCGGUUAGUAAUUUCUUCGAGAAGAUAUUUUGUGGUAUAUUGAGAGAAAGGUUUACUGUAUCUGGUCUAAAAGUGAAGAAUAUCUUGAUCGAAGAGUAUCUGUUAGAGAAGGAAUUUCGUUUUAUGCGUCAUAUAUUUUUGUUUUUUGAUAAUUUGUUGUUUCCUUUUUACAGGAGGUUUUUUAUGGAGGUUUACGCACAAAAUAAAAACUGGGGUAACGAUAUAUGGCUCACGUCUCAUCUUCAAGAUAUAAUAAUGGACAUUUAUCCAGAAUUUUAUGAAAAAUGUUCCGUACAAAUCGACGAAAAUUGGAAAGUGUGUAACGAUGCUUUGGAAGCGUGUAAUAUGAUCGGUUUGCAAUUAGAUAUACCAUGGCCUCUGAACCUCAUCAUUAUACCCUCUCAAAUUGACAUGUACAAAGACGUGUUUCAUUUCAUUUUGAAAAUUAAAUGGGGAUUGUAUACAUUGAAUAAUCUUUCGUUUACAGAUUUGGAACCUCGUCGACAAAAAGAUCGAAUCAACUUUAAAAGUCAUAAAAGCACAAUAAUGAAAUUAAAAUAUUUGAGGUUUGCUUUCAACAAUUUGUUAAACAGCAUCCACCAUUAUAUAUUUUCUUUUAUUUUUACUAAAUGUCUCCAAAAAUUCGAAUUGGAUUUCGAAGAAGCGAACGAUUUGUCUUCAAUCAUAUCUUCCCAUGCCGAUUUUAUAAAUUCUUCUAAUAGAAUGGUGAACGAAGUUAAAGAAUGCGGUCAAAUUGACAGACCGUUCGAUAGUGUUACAACGUGUAUAAAAAUUUUAAAGUACAUGUGGGAGAACCCCCUGUACACAACCCCCGAAAGACUUGAUGAUAUCUACAAAAAUUAUAAACGUACCUUUAAUAUUAUUAAUCCAAUUAUUUCCCCCACGUGUCUUUUUGACUAUUGAAUCGCUAUCAAUUAAUAGAAAUAUCUUUAUUAAUUAUUUUUUAGUUUUUUUAAAGUGAAAUAUCAAAUGGAUGUUUUUAUUUUUAUAAUUUUUUCAUCUUUAUAGAUUCUUUUUGUAUUGUUUCAUACAUUUUUCAAUAAAUAUAACAAUUUUAA